AUGGAGCAGCUGAAGACGCUGGGGAGAGAACUUGCAAUGGGGUCCCACGGUCAGUCGAAGGAGUUUCUGGACCUCAUCAAGUCCAUCGGCGAGGCCCGAUCCAAGGCCGAGGAGGACCGCAUCGUCCUCCGCGAGAUCGAAACCCUAAAGCGCCGCAUCAACGACGCCGACACGCCCAAGCGCAAGAUGAAGGAGUACAUCAUCCGCCUCCUCUACGUCGAGAUGCUCGGCCACGACGCAUCCUUCGGCUACAUUCACGCCGUCAAGAUGACUCACGACGACGCCCUCCUCCUCAAGCGCACUGGUUACCUCGCCGUCACCCUCUUCCUCAGCGACGACCACGACCUCAUCAUCCUCAUCGUCAACACCAUCCAGAAGGAUCUAGCCUCCGACAACUACCUCGUCGUCUGCGCCGCCCUUAACGCGGUCUGCCGUCUUAUCAACGAGGAAACCAUCCCCGCUGUCCUUCCCCGCGUUGUCGACCUCCUCAACCACUCCAAAGACGCCGUCCGGAAGAAGGCCGUCAUGGCGCUUCAUCGUUUCUACCAGAAAUCUCCCUCCUCCGUCUCCCACUUGUUAACUAAUUUUCGCAAGCGCUUGUGCGAUAACGAUCCCGGAGUCAUGGGCGCUUCUCUUUGCCCUCUCUUUAACCUUGUCUCCGACGAUGCUAAUUCUUACAAGGAUCUCGUUGUUAGCUUCGUCAACAUUCUUAAACAGGUUGCAGAACACCGGUUGCCCAAGACUUAUGAUUAUCACCAAAUGCCUGCACCCUUCAUUCAGGUUAAGAUGCUAAAAAUUCUGGCAUUGUUGGGAAGUGGCGACAAGCAGGCUAGUGGACACAUGUACACUGUGCUUGGUGAUAUAAUUAGGAAAAGUGAUUCGAUGACCAACAUAGGGAAUGCGGUUCUCUAUGAGUGCAUAUGCUGUGUUGCUUCUAUAUAUCCCAAUUCGAACUUAUUAGAUUCAGCAGCGGAUGUAAUUGCUAAAUUUUUGAAGAGUGACAGUCAUAAUCUCAAGUACAUGGGCAUUGAUGCCCUUGGUCGGCUGAUAAAGUUAAGUCCACAUAUUGCAGAACAACACCAACUUGCCGUCAUUGACUGCUUAGAGAUCAUUCAAUGCUUGUUGUACUUCAUGUUUUCAUAUGCAAUCUGCAAGUCAAACCAAAUGAUGAUCAGUGUUACUGAAUUUCUGUUAUUUUCAUCUGGUCUCGACAAAAAGUUGCCAGAGGCAGAUGGUGGUGGCUGGGCAGCCAAGGACUGGAAUAGUAGAGACCCUGAUGAUAGUCUGAAACGAAAAACUUUUGAACUGUUAUACAAAAUGACCAAGUCCUCCAAUGUGGAAGUGAUUGUUGAUAGAAUGAUUGAUUACAUGAUUAGCAUAAGUGAUGACCAUUACAAAACCUAUAUAGCAUCUCGAUGUGUGGAACUUGCUGAACAAUUUGCACCAAGUAAUCAUUGGUUCAUACAGACCAUGAAUAAAGUUUUUGAGCAUGCUGGAGAUCUUGUUAAUAUUAAAGUGGCACAUAAUUUAAUGCGGUUGAUUGCUGAAGGAUUUGGGGAGGAUGAUGAUGCUGCAGACAGUCAGUUGAGAUCAUCUGCUGUCGAGUCAUAUUUGCGCAUUAUUGGAGAGCCCAAGCUUCCUUCUGUGUUUCUUCAAGUCAUCUGUUGGGUUCUGGGGGAAUAUGGAACAGCGGAUGGAAAGUAUUCUGCUUCUUAUAUCAGUGGAAAGUUAUGUGACAUUGCAGAGGCAUAUUCUAAUGAUGAAGAUGUUAAGGCUUAUGCAAUAUCAGCAUUGAUGAAAAUUUAUGCGUUUGAAGUAGCAGCUAAGAGGAACGUGGAUAUACUACCCGAGUGUCAAUCUUUGAUUGAAGAAUUAUUGGCGUCCCAUUCUACAGAUUUGCAGCAACGUGCUUAUGAAUUGCAAGCCCUUAUAGGUUUGGGAGCACAAGCUGUUGAAUCAAUAAUGCCAAGAGAUGCAAGUUGUGAAGAUAUUGAGAGUGCUAGCAGCAAUGGUGGUUGUUAUGACAAUGAUAGCGACAAAGAUGGUGACACUAAUUUGGUGGUGAUAGUGCUAGCUGCUACCAUGGAAGUGGUGUCAAAAGUUUUGGCAACAAUGGUGAAAGUGGUGGUGGUUACUAUAGCAAUUGUGGUUGACAAGAAUCUUUCUUUCCUCAAUGAUUAUGUUCAGCAGUCUCUAGAAAGGGGUGCACAAUCCUAUAUUCCCGAGGAUGAGCGCAUUGGAACAGGGAAUAUGAACAAUUUCAGAAGCCAUGAUCAUAAUGAAUCUUUGCAGCAUGGUCUAAGAUUUGAGGCAUAUGAAGUUCCAAAGGCUCCAGUGCAACCUAAAGCUACUCCAGUUUCAUUCGCAUCCUCAGCAGACACUGUUCCAGUACCUGAGGCACUGUCUUCCAGGGAGACUCGCCAUAUCUCAUCACUGGGAUUAACAUCAGAGGCUGGAUCAUCAGAGCUUAAGCUAAGGCUUGAUGGUGUUCAGAAGAAGUGGGGCAGGCCAACUUAUUCGUCUCCAACAUCAUCUGCCUCUGACUCUUAUUCUACUUCCCAAAAGCCAACAAAUGGAGCAACACAGGUGGAUAGUGCUACAGCAGUUAAUUCAAAAGUACGGGAUAGUUAUGAUUCACGAAAGAUGCAGGUUGAGAUUAAUCCAGAAAAGCAGAAGCUUGCUGCUUCAUUGUUUGGUGCUUCAACUAAACCUGAGAAAAGAUCAUCUACAAGUCAUAAGGUUCCAAAAUCUAAUGCAGACGGAUCUCAGGGAUCAAAGGCUGCUGUUGUACCCAAUGAAUUAGCUGUGGAAAAAACAAUUCAUCAACCCCCUCCUGAUUUGCUUGACAUGGGGGAACUAGCUGUCACUACAGCUCCUCCCUCUGUGGAUCCAUUUCAGCAAUUGGAAGGGCUUCUUGACCCAAGUAUUAAUUCUGGAAUAGCUCAUAAUGUGGGUGGUACUACAAAUGCCCCUGAUAUUAUGGGAUUAUAUUCGGAGAGUACUGGCAGUGGUGGCUAUUCUAUACCUGUAAGUGGGGAUAAUGUAAAUUUUUUAUCUGAAUUGUCAAAUGCAGCUGUAAAAGCUACUAGUGGAGAAACAACUAUGACGCCUUUGCCGCAAUCUAUUAAGGGUCCAAAUGCUAAAGAUUCUUUGGAUAAGGAUGCACUAGUGAGGCAGAUGGGUGUGAAUCCCUCAAGUCAGAAUCCUAACUUGUUCAGUGACUUGCUUGGCUAA